GCGGCGGACGGGCGGGCGGGCCAAUCCCAGCGCUCUCCGCGGCGCGCCAGCCGCCCAAGGCCACGCCGAAAAGUUUAGUAAAUAGCCUAGCGAGCCGGGUUCGCGGCCUCACCUGCUCCACUACUCACCGCGGACCGGCGGCGGCGGGCGCGUCAGGCGGAGAAGCCGCCGCCAGGAAUGAAUCUGAAGUCUGCUGCAAUAAAACACUGAAGGCUUUAAAAUGUUUUCUUGCAUAAAACUCAAACUUUAAGUAGCUGCUUAUGAGGAUAGGGAAGGCAGGAAGCUAAUGUCUGUCUCAAGAUACAGGACAGCUGUUUGCUCAUCAACCUCCACUGUCUUCAGAAUCCCACAGUACAGCAAUUAAGAAAUUGUUCUGCCUCCUUCUCGUUCCCAUUUUCCUCAUGAUCAUUUGGGACACCUGAUUGAUGCACCUGGUACCUUGUCUACCCACCAUAAAGGUCACAUUGCAAGGGGAGGGGAGCAGGACUUCCAGCUUGUCUGUGACCACCCAUAUGGACCAGCACAUACUUGGAUAAACUUACUACUCUGAUGGUUUUGGUCUUUCUGGAUCUUCAUGUAGAGGUGUACACCAGAGGAUUAUGGCUCAAGAAACAAAUCACAGCCAGGUGCCUAUGCUUUGUUCCACUGGCUGCGGAUUUUAUGGAAACCCUCGUACAAAUGGCAUGUGUUCAGUGUGCUAUAAAGAACAUCUUCAAAGACAGAAUAGUAGUAGUGGUAGAAUAAGCCCACCUGCAGCUUCUGUCAGUAGUCUAUCUGAAUCGUUACCAGUUCAGUGCACAGAUGGCAGUGUCCCAGAGGCUCAGUCAGCAUUAGACUCUACAUCUUCAUCUAUGCAGCCAAGCUCUGUAUCAAAUCAGUCACUAUUAUCAGAAUCUGUAGCAUCUUCCCAAGUGGACAGUACAUCUGUGGACAAAGCAGUACCUGAAACAGAAGAUCUGCAAGCUUCAGUGUCAGACACAGCACAGCAACCGUCUGAAGAGCAAAGCAAGUCCCUUGAAAAACCAAAACAGAAAAAGAACCGCUGUCUCAUGUGCAGAAAGAAAGUGGGGCUCACUGGGUUUGAAUGCCGCUGUGGAAAUGUUUACUGUGGUGUACACCGUUACUCAGAUGUGCACAAUUGCUCUUACAAUUACAAAGCUGAUGCUGCUGAGAAAAUCAGAAAAGAAAAUCCAGUAGUUGUUGGUGAAAAGAUACAGAAGAUUUGAACUCCUGCUGGAAUACAGAAUUCUUUGACCAUCUGCAAACUAAAGAUUGACUUGAGGUUUUUUUUUUUCCUAGUCACUGGGAAUGUAGAGCAAUGUAUCUUGCAUAGACCUUUUAAUCAUGCAUGUCAUCAGAAGAAUAGAUUUUUGUUUUUGUUUUGAAAAUGACUGAACAUUUAUUUCCAUUGCAGUUUUGUGGCUGAAAAGACUUAAACUUUACAAGUAUUAUCCUUUCAAGAUCAUUUUAAUUUUAGUUGAGUGCAGAGGGCUUUUAUAACAUGGAGAAAUUUUGGAGGGCUGUGAUUUUUCCAGUAUUAAACAUGCAUGCGUUAAUCUUGCAGUUUAUUUUCUCAUUGUGUAUGUAUAUAUAGCUUUUCUCUGCAGCACGAUUUCUCUUUUGAUAAUGCCCUUUCAGGCACACCUAGUUAUCAGUAAAUGAAUGUAUCUUAAUCAUUAUGGCUGCUUCUGUUUUUUCAUUAACAAAGGUUAUACAUAAGUUAGCAUAUAGUUUCUUUCCACCCACUAUUUAUGUCUGAAUCAUUUGUCACAGGAGAGUAUGUGCUGAUGAGAUUCUAAGUUGUUUUUUUUUUCUUUUCUUGAGCAAGGGAAGGAAGUGCUGUGUGCAUUUCACUGCUGACUGCAGGUUUCUUUCAGAUCCCGUUCACUGGUCUGUGUGUACAAUAUGAAGAAUGAUCUGAAGUAAUUGUGCUGUAUUUAUGUUUAUCCACCAGUCUUUGAUUAAAUAAAAAGGAAAGCCAGGA